AUGGCGUCGCCUGCUCUAGAAAAUGGCGGAUUUCAAUCGGAACUCCACAGGUUAAAGGUCUCGGCUAGCAAUCAGAAGGUGGCACUGGUGAAAUUGACGGAUGAAAUGAUUGCUGCCAUUCAAAAAGCCCAGUCCUCGCGAGACUCGUUUAAAAUUUCAAUCCAAAAAGAGGGCGGAGUAAUAACUCUUGGAGGGAAUCAACAAUUUUCGUUCUCGAUUCAAUCUAUGGCCAGCACUCCCUCUGAUGUGAUCCUUCAGGAUAAAAGAAGUGAUAGGACGGGCAACUACCAAAUGCUUGGCACUAUUCAGCAAAAGUUUCAGAUUCAAGCAACGGAUAAGUCUUUGGAUGAAACUCGACAUCGUACAAAAAUGCUUCUUGAACAAGAGUCUCAAAAAACAGCCAAAGAAGUUCCAAAGAAUCAAAGGGAUAUUUUGGCCAAAAAAGUCGCAAACACGAUGCCAGGGCGGUUUGAUCGAAAAUUCAAUUCAUCAAACACGCAUCAAACAUCAAAACCAGCGCCUUUUCCGCUCAAAAAUAAGCCUACUACAAGCUCAUCGAUCUCCAAUUAUUCAUCUUCUUCAACUUUGCCAGUGACACAUGGUCGCCCAAAUAUGUCUCCCAAUCGGAAAGCAGAAUUGAUGAAAAAACCGCUUCGAGCACGAAUUAUUCAUUUGACGGCAACUGGCAAAUAUUCAUCGAACAAGGAGAUUUACGAGAAGCUGAAGCGUGAUGGUCUCUCGGAUAACGAGGAUAAUUUUACAGUCAUCUCUAAAUUGAUUAACGAGGUCGGUGAAAUGGACGGUGAUGGACACUUUUCUCUUCGGCCAUCCUUGAUCGGGGAAGUUGACCUUCAUUGGACUUGGUUUACAACCGAAGAUAAAGCAAAAGUACGCCGGAUCAGUCAGCCUUCCACAUCAGCCGGAUUCGCGCCAACCCGAAAGAAUGGAAUUGACCGUGCUCAACGCACAGCGGCUGACACCCCACAAAAGGAUUCCGAAAGUUCACCUCCAUUAUCUGGAGCAUCUCAACCGCCGGCGCGCACUGCAUAUCCAAGCACUGUUCAGGGGAAGAAAGUGAGCCCUCAGAUGGCACGCACCAUCCAACAAACUUUACCAAGUGCGCCUAAACCUCGUACACCUCCUCAACCUCAACAAACCAACGUGAAUGUUCUCGAUACUCUGCUUCCAAAUAAGCGCAAAGCUCACGUACCAAUGGAACAAAGAAGCGAGAAGAGGCAACGUCAAGAAAGCGAAAGCCCUCCUCUGCUACAAGUACAGCAGUAUCAUCGACGAGAAAAGGAUUCGGAAUCGGAAAAGGCAAGAGAUAAAGAUGAACAGGAAAGACAGAGGCUCCUUGCAGCAACGGGAGGAUCGACUGGCGGUUCAUCUGUUUCGUCGACUUCUUCGGGUGUUUCUUCUCGCUUGAGCAGCCCAAUUCUUUCGUUUCCAAUUCACCCGUCUCAAGAUUGGAACAAAGAAAUCCCUGAGAUUAAAUUCGCUCAUGAAGUUGACAAAUACUAUCAAGCGUUUGAUGCUGACUACCCAAGCUACAUGCAGUGUUUCGAUCAACUGGAUAUGGUUUCAAAAGAAUUUCGAGAUCUAGCUGAACGUUUGGAGAAAGCACGAAAAGCAAAAGGAGAUGAUUUGGAACAUGUUGAGCGAAGUAUUCAUUCAAGGUACGCACGUUACGAGAAAGAUCAAGAAUUUCUUCGAACUCGGCAGAGACAUGCGGAUCUACGUGCAAAGUUGAGCCUGUUGAAGAGUCGAAUUGCUGCUUGGGAAGGACGCGAGAACUCACUAAAUGCCUCAACCCUUUUU